AUGGCCUAUGCUUUAUAUCAGUGGUACCAGGAACAGUUCAAAGGCACGAAGAUACGUCUUAUCGUAGCCAAGCCAAGUCCAAAAGCCCUGAAGAUCACCGAAGUCGCUUGUCCGCUGCGCGUCACCGCAACAGGGGCCACCCCUGCGCGCGCCCGCACCGACGCAUGA